AUGACCGACUCUCCGAUCAAGAAAAAGUUCUCUGGCUCAAGACUUAGAGCCCUUGCUAAAUUCGACUCGUAUUAUCAAUACUACAAGGAAGCAUUGAUUACAAAGUCAUGGCCAACGUUUCUUCAUUUCGCUCAGAAUACAACACUCUCAAUAAUGGCUAAGAUCAACGUUGGUCAUUUGGAAGUAUGGACAGAAGAACGUGUCUACGAAUUCGGUCCGCGAGACUCUCAAUUAAAAGCAAAAUUCAAAGUCUUAAGCGAAUCAUUUUGGGUGAGGUUAUUGUUCUUUGCAGAUUUGGGAUUCGCGGAAGCAUAUAUGCUCGGUGACGUAGUCUGUGAUGAUUUAGGAUCAUUAAUAAACGUUUUUGCAGCAAACCGUAAUCACGUCGAUGACAUGUCCACCAUUCCGUCAUAUCUUUUCAACACGAUCAACUAUUUCAUGAACACUCGAUUUGCAAACACAGUCACGAACGCAAUAAACAACAUAUCUGCACAUUAUGAUAUUUCAAAUGAUAUGUUUGCUGCGUUUUUAAGCACUGACAUGACGUACUCGUGUGCUUUAUUUGGCAGCAUGGAUGAACCGUUGGAGAAAGCGCAAAUGAGAAAGUUGAGAGAAGUGAUCAAGAAGGCAAAGAUUGGAAGUGAGGAUCACGUGUUGGAGAUUGGAAGCGGGUGGGGAAGUUUCGCUAUCGAGGCAGUAAAAUCCACGGGAUGUAAGGUGACAACUCUAACCUUGUCGGUCGAGCAGAAACGCCUUGCCGAAGAACGUAUAUUUGCUGCAGGUCUAUCCGACCGCAUCGUCGUGCUUCUCUGCGACUAUCGAAAUCUCCCAGCUGCACAUCAAUUCGACAAGAUUGUCAGUAUCGAAAUGAUCGAAGCAGUAGGACCGGAAUAUCUGGCGACCUAUUUUGAAUGCUGCGACAAACUCUUAAAAGAGCAGGAUGGAAUUGCAGUGUUUCAGGUUAUUACUAUGCCCGAGACAAGAUAUGAUAGAUAUUGUAAAGAAGUCGAUUUCAUAAGGAAAUAUAUUUUUCCUGGCGGCCAUUGUCCAACCGUAACAUCUUUAGUCCAAGCAAUUCACAAAGGUUCUCGUGGCCGAUUAAUCGUCGAGUCAAUUGACAACAUUGGUCCACAUUAUGCGCGUACUCUGCGCCUUUGGCGUGAACAAUUUCUUUCUGUAUUCGAUGAGAGCAUUGGACCUACUUUAGUUAAAGAACACCCAGAAAUGAAACAGAGGGAUGUUGAUAUCUUUAAACGCAAAUGGGAGUUUUACUUUGCGUAUUGUGAGGGUGGCUUUGUGAACAGGAUUCUAGGAAAUGUGCAUGUUGUGCUAACGAGAGAGGGAAAUAAGGCUUUCCUUGAAGGAGUGCCUUUGUAA